UGUUGGAGCGAGUUUUACGCACGCUUCUCCUAUCGCUGCUCCUCAGAGAGGUUUUAAGGUCGCUCAUUAGGCAUCAUCCUCCUCAGCUCGGUGGGCUGAUUUGGGGAUCUGUUUGGCCCCAGGGGCCCCGGCGUUUCCUCUGCGCAGAGGUUCCCUUUGAAAAUGGAGCGUGUGCCUUUAAGGCGCCCGCCUGCCUGUCGCUUUGUGCUGCGGAGAGACUGACGCCCUGUGGACACAGUGGACACGGAUCACCAUCCUGGAGGAGUUCAAAAACAAAACAACCUCAGUCUCUUUCCAAAGGACUCACUGAGACCUUCUUUGCUGCGUUCAGGUGUUGCGUGCCGGUGAGACUGUCAGGAUGAGGUCUGCUCAGCUGAUCCUCCCCUCCACAGCAGCUCUGCUCUUCCUCCUGUCAGGACUCUCUCUGACCUCCGGCUGCAACAAAGCCCUCUGCGCCAGCGACGUCAGCAAGUGCCUCAUCCAGGAGCUGUGCCAGUGCCGUCCCUCUGAUGGAAACUGCUCCUGCUGUAAAGACUGCAUGCUGUGUCUGGGGAACCUCUGGGAGGAGUGCUGCGACUGCGUCGGGAUGUGUAACCCCAAGAACUACAGCGACUCUCCCGCCACCUCCAAGAGCACGGUGGAGGAGCUUCACCGCCCCAUCCCCUCGCUCUUCCGCGCCCUGACAGAGGGCGAUGCGCCCAUCAACAUGAUGGUGGUCUCCUUCCCCGUGGCUGAGGAGUUCACGCACCACGAGAACCUGGUUUCCUUCCUGGAGUCCCUUAACAGCCAACCCCAGAAUGUGUCGGUGCCUGGGAACAGCAUCCACAGCAGCUUUGAUCCUCAUGAGAAAAUGUGCACUGUGGUUUACUUUGACGACUGCGUGUCCAUUCGUCAGUGCAAGCAGUACUGUGAGUCAAUGGGAGGAUCAAAGUACCGCUGGUUUCACAACGCCUGCUGCCAGUGCAUCGGUCCGGAGUGCCUGGACUACGGCAGCAAGGCCGUGAAGUGCGUGAACUGUCUUUUCUGACCCGAACCGAUCUCAUAUCUGGGUACAUGUCGGUUUCAAAUGUCUGGUAUGAACCAGAGGACUGAGGGAAGAGAAACCUAUGACUGUUAUAUGUUAGCAUUCCUCAGUAACCGUGUAAAAUAAGCCCCACCUCCUCCCUCUCCUAUCCCUGCAAAGGAUUUUUUUAUUCUGCUGUUACUGUAUAUUUUUAGAUAUGUCUUCCAUAGUGUUUUUUACUAGAGGUGUAUAUGAAUAAUGUAUUUUUGCAAUUAUUGUCAGCAAAAUCCCAGUCUUUUACCAAAUAAAGAAAAGAUUUGGUAACAUAG